AUGUUAAAUAUUGUUAUCAGAUACUUAUUAUUACUUAUUAUUUCAAUAUGGACACUAGACCGUUCUGAAGUUGUUGACUGCACUUACGAUUCCGUUUGGGAAAAGAAAUUUAAUGUGCAGGAGAAGUCUAAUGCAAGUAGGAACAGAUUAUUAACAGAAAAUGAGGAGAUGCAAGAUAAAGUAAAGGAUGGGUCAUGUUCAAAUUCCUCUUCCAAAUCUCUAAGAAGCAACAAUCAUUCAAAUAGACAGAACACAAGAAGGUCAUCAAAUUCGCAUGUUGGCGAUACGCGUUAUUCUCCAGCCACUGAUAAUUAUAAUUAUUUGGUUCCUGAAGGUUAUAUGCAUGAUUCGAACCAAAAAACUGAUAAUUCUUCAAGAAACAAAGAUGUGAAUGAUACAUCCCGUGAGAAGCAUAAGAGCCAAAAUGCAGAAAGUUCUAAUGGACGAAAAAUUGACAACCCAUAUCGUGCACAUUUUGAGGAAUCACUUCGAAAAAGUUUUGAGGAACUACCGUACGAAUACCUUGAGGGUCCAUCUGACCAACAUUUUGAAAGAACAAAUCUUCAAGAUGUGGACUAUGAUCAGAUCAAACCUUUUAGCAGUUCACAUGGAAAUUAUGAGGAUAUUCGAUAUGCAUCUAUUGACGACGACGAUGAUGUUAGUGAGGGCUCAACCUCUGAAGAAGAUGAUUUUCCCAAUUAUUCAUUCAAUCAUUCCAUGUCCAGUCGCCCUAGGAAUCCCUACCAUUAUAAAGCAAAGAGUAGACGGCACCGACUAUAUGAAACUGAUGAUUAUUCAGUGUACGAUGAUACUUAUGAUACUCAUUCCGCAGGUGAUAGUGAAUCUGUAAUUUCCGAUCAUGGUAAUAAUGCAUUAGGGCAUCAUGAUGGCAAGGAGGAAGAUUUGUCAUUCCUAGACCAGCACUACAGACUUCCUUUAAAAAAGAGUAACAAUGCUAAUGGAGAUGGUGAAUAUGUUGUAAACGUAAAAGACGAUAUAAAUAAGGAAAUUUAUGACUUAACAGUAAAGCCCCAUAAUAAAAAGGCUUCCCGUGUUAAUAAGCGUAUAAAACGUUAUAUAAAGAAAUGUGAUGGAAAAGUUGUGAAACAAUUACCUUUCCUUUCUACCGCUUUUUUCAUUGGAGGUAUCGUGUUUUCCUGCUAUAAUUAUGUAGUAAUACCCAUCAUAUGUAGCACUUUAUCAUUUAUAUUCACGUCGUACUAUAUUAAAAGGCUAAAAAUGAAAAGGAGAAAACAGAAACGAAUAAAACGUGAAUAUCUUAUGAAGUUAUAA